AUGCCCAAACAUUUCAUCGCACUGCUUCUCGCUAGCGUAGUAGGCGCAGACUACAAUCUCACUUACUUGGACAUCUUCUGGAUUGCGGCCCCGACAGUCACGUUGGUCUCAUCCAACAGCAUAGCGACAACUUAUUCGUUCCAAUGUGACGCAACAACUACCUCUCCCACUUCCACUCCCACUCCGACCUCAACCAUUUACACUGGACCACCACCACAAACUUGGGUCAUCCCGAGCGAUUACACAGAACUCCCAGCCAACACUCCGACAAGACAGGCUCCCUGCAUCCCAUUUACCAUGUUCCAAGGCCCAGAAACCUAUGGUGUCCGCCUGACGGACGCGACAGAAGGCUUCGUCACUCUCAAUGGCGAUUGCAGUUGGACGGGCGCAUUCACAGACGUACCUAUCACGUGCGAUGUCGAGAUAACCGGCUCAGGAUACACCCCGGGGUAUUCGAGUGGCACGCCAACCGUGCUUGCGCAGAGUGAUUUGAGGAAAAUGACGUGGGGUGAGGGGUUUGGAUAUGCUGUUGCGACUGUGGUGGAGAAGACGGGGGCGGCGAGUACGCCAAGUGAAGGGGGUCGUGUGGCGCUUCCGGUCGGGGUUGUGGUAAUGGCUGGGGGUGUGUUUGUGGUUGGAGUGGUAGCUUGGGCGCUUUGAAGCGUGGAAGAGAAAAUAUGAAUACAGCAUUUACGCUGACGUCACAUGAUGGGCACAUUGAACGUUGAUGGAUAAUUUACAAGUUAAUGGUGCGGUGAAUAGGAUCUCCAUUGUGAAAGGACCAUGGAAAAAUAUCAGAACAGUCAUGU